GCUCUCCCCGCGGGCUUGGGCGACAAGGUGGUGAAGCUGGCGCAGGCGAAGGGGGACGUUUUGAAGAACCUGCUCAUUGCCGAGAGCAUCUUGAUCGUGGAAGAGAGCCCCGAGCGCCACUUGCAUUUUUCAUUGGAGAAAUACCGAGCUCUAUUUCACAAGUAUUGUCUCAUCAUCAGGCAGCCAAGAGUCAUGUGCUCGUGCUGGCACUUUCGCCACAAGGGACAUUGUAGCCACGGUUGGGCCUGCGAGGAAUGGUGGCAAGUCAGGAAGGUUACGCCCACGCCACUUCCUCACGCCCGUGAAGCGCUGUGGGCGGCCCCCGACGAGCACGCCGAGGCGGCAGCUCUCACACCGCGCAGACGCCGCGCGGCCUGA